AUGGCGGCGACGGCGACGGCGAGGAAGCUGAUAGUGGAGGUGGUGGAGGCGCGGAACCUGGUGCCCAAGGACGGCAGCGGCACGUCCAGCCCCUACGCGCGCACCGACUUCGACGGGCAGCGCCGCAAGACGCGCACCGUGGCCAGGGACCUCAACCCGGCGUGGAACGAGGCGCUCGAGUUCGACUUCCCGCCCGCCGGCGUCGACCCGGUCGAGGGGGAGCCGCUCGAGGUCGCCGUGCUGCACGACCUCCGCGUCGGGCCUACCCGCCGGAGCAACUUCCUCGGCCGCGUCCGCCUCGACGCGCGCCAGUUCGUGCGCAGGGGCGAGGAGGCGCUCAUCUACUUCCCGCUCAAGAAAGAGAAGGGCUUCCUCAACAGCUUCAACUGGGUCCGCGGCGACAUUGGCCUCAAGGUGUACUACGUCGACGUGCCGCUCGCCCCGCCGGAGCCACCCGCCGCUGGCAACGACGCCGCUCCUCCUGAUGCGGAGGCGGCGGAGGCGGAAGCAGCAGCACCGCCGCCGCCCGAUGCUACUACUACGGCUUCCACGGAUGAGCCUCCCAAGGCCGAGGAGCCGAUGGAUGCAGCAGCUCCGGUGCCGCAGCCGGAGGCGGCAGACGCAUCAGCCGGUGACGGAGUCACCACGGAGAAGCCACCGGAGGCUGAUCCCGCACCGGCGCCGCCGGAAGACGCGCCCGUAAUGACGGCAGAGGCGGUGGCAGCUGCAUCCGAGGAGAAGCCGCCGGAAGAGGAGCCUGUGUCGAGCCCGCCACCGCAGCGGACGCCGACGCCGACGCCGACGCCGAUGCCACGGCAGGUAUCGAUGCCUGUACGCCAGCUGGCGCCGCCGCCGCCCCAACUGGAGGAGCCGAUGGUGCAGAGCAAGCACGAUCUGGUGGACAAGAUGCCAUACCUGUUCGUCAGGGUGGUACGCGCGCGCGGGCUGCCCGCCGGCUCGCACCCCCACGUUCGCGUGGCCGCCGGCGGGCAGCACGCGUCCACGCGGGAGGCGCGCCGCGGCGCCUUCUUCGAGUGGGACCAGACCUUCGCGUUCGUGCGCAAUCCGGCCACCGACUCGCCGGGCCCCACGCUCGAGGUCUCCGUCUGGGACCUGCCGCCCGACGCCGACGUGUCCGUCGCCGACGAUCGCCACUUCCUUGGCGGCCUCUGCUUCGACACCGCCGACGUGCACGCGCGGGACCCGCCGGACGGGCCUCUCGCGACGCAGUGGUACAGGCUCGAGGGCGGGCGCCGCUUCGCCGGCGCCGACCUCAUGGUCGCCACGUGGGCGGGUACGCAGGCCGACGAGGCCUUCGCCGACGCGUGGAAGGCGGACUCACCGGCGGCGGCCACGGCCACGGCCGCUGCCACUUCGCGCGCCAAGGUUUACGUCUCGCCUAAGCUCUGGCUCCUGCGCCUCACCGUCAUCGAGGCGCAGGACACGCUCACGGCACCGCCUCCCCGCGAUGCCGGUAUCGCGGUGCGCGCCACGCUGGGCUUCCAGGCGCUCAAGACGCGCACCAUGCCGGUGGCGCGCAACGGAGGGCCUGUGUGGAACGAGGACCUUCUCUUCGUCGCCGCCGAGCCGUUCACCGACGACGACUGCCUCGUCAUCUCCCUCGAAGUGCGCCACGGCAAGGAGGCGUUCCCCGUCGGCUCGGCUAGCAUAUCGCUGGCCACCGUCGAGAGGCGCGUUGACGACCGGAAGGUGGCGUCCAAGUGGCUCGACCUCCUCCCGUCCGACGAGGCCACGAAGAGAGUCGGCAAGAAGGCGGCCAUGCACAUGCACGGAGGUCGGCUGCACGUGCGCGCGUGCCUCGACGGCGGCUACAACGUCGCCGACGAGCCGUCCUACGCGUGCAGCGACUUCCGGCCGUCGGCGCGGCAGCUGUGGCCCCCGCCCCUUGGCGUCGUGGAGCUAGGCAUCGUUGGAUGCAAGGGCCUCCUGCCGAUGCGCGCCGCCGACGGAAAGGGCUGCACCGACGCGUACGCCGUGGCCAAGUACGGACCCAAGUGGGCGCGCACGCGCACCAUCGCCGACAGCUACGACCCGGCCUGGAACGAGCAGUACACGUGGCCGGUGUACGACCCCUGCACCGUGCUCACCGUCGGCGUGUUCGACGACCCACCGCCGUUGCAGCCGUCAGACGGCAGCGGCGGCAAGGACGCCACCGCCGCGGCGUGCUCGCGUCCGAUGGGUAAGGUGAGGAUACGGCUGUCCACGCUGGAGCGCGGCCGCGUGUACCGUGGCCUGUACCCGCUCAUCAUGAUGCUGCCCACCGGCGCAAAGCGAAUGGGCGACGUCGAGCUGGCCAUCCGCUUCUCCACGUCCGGGUCGAUGCUGGACGUGCUGCACACGUACGGCCGACCAGCGCUCCCGGCGAUGCACCACCAGCGGCCCAUCCCGGCGGUGAACCGCGAGGCGCUGCGGCUGGCGGCGGCGCGCAUCUCCGCGGCGCACCUGGCGCGAUCGGCGGAGCCGCCUCUGCGGCGCGAGGUGGCGACGUGGAUGCUGGAUGCCACGGAGCCGCGCGGGUUCAGCAUGCGCAAGCUGCGCGCCAACUGGAACCGCGCCGUGGCCGCGCUGUCCUGGGUCGCCGACGCGGCGCGCUGGGUGGAGGACACCCGGUCGUGGCGCAACCCGACGGCGACCGCGAUGGCGCACGCCGUGCUGAUCCUCCUCGCGUGGCACCCGGACCUCGUCGUGCCGACGCUGACGCUCCACGCCGCCGCCGUGGGCGUGUGGAAGUACCGGCGCAGGCCGCGCGCGCCGGCGCCGCACCCGUGCGUGCGCGCGUCCAUGGCGGAGGCGCCCGACAGGGAGGAGCUGGACGAGGAGUUCGACACGAUCCCGAGCGCGAGGCCGCCCGAGGUGGUGCGGGCGCGGUACGACCGCGCCAGGAUGGUGGGCGCGCGGCUGCAGCAGAUGGUCGGCGACGUCGCGACGCAGGCAGAGAGGCUGCAGGCGCUCGUGUCGUGGCGCGACCCGCGCGCCACCGGGUUGUUCGUCGCGCUGUGCGUCCUCGUGGCCUUGGUGCUGUACAUGGUGCCCAUGAAGAUGGUGGCCGUGGUCGCCGGCUUCUACUACCUGCGCCACCCGAUGUUCCGGGAUCGGAUGCCGGCACCAGUGAUCAACUUCUUCCGGCGGCUGCCUUCCAUGUCUGAACGGAUCAUGUAG